GCCGAGACUCAGGGCAUUAUUGGACGGAACCUUUUGGAGCGACUGCGGCCGGAGGCGGUGCUCAUCAACGUUGCCCGGGGCGGAGUUUGCGACCAGCCUGUGCUUGCAGAACUCCUCUCGCAGAAGCGCUUCCGAGCAGGCUUGGAUGUUUUCGCAACGGAGCCCAUUCCCAAGGAUGAUCCAAUCCUGAAG